UUACUCCGAUGGGUUAAACUGAGAUGCAUAUAUAAAAGAUGGCCGGUCGAGGUGCCGGCAUGAAAAUCACGUGCUGCCAUGGUCAGACGUGGAUAAUCUUUUGUACGAGCAAGGUGUGCUGCUGCGUUCUAAAAUUUUGCUUAAGUGGUCUCGCUUUGAUAUAUAUAUAUACCCAUUGUCAAUUAAACUGAGUUUGAAUUACGUUAAUAUCGAAGAGCGAUAUUUUAAUAUUGAAACUCAUUGGAUAUUGAAAAACUGACGAUGGAGCCUGUUCGCCGAUUGUACUACAACGACGACUAAUACCCCCAACUGAUUCAGAGCAAGUCCAACACCUCUCCCCUUUUUCCUGGAAUUCAUUGGAUGUGCUCUGAAUAGCAGAAAUAUUUCAAAAAUAAAAAUUUUAAAUAAUUUGGGAUUAAAAGUAAUUCAUGUGUAUCAGUUGUUACAGUUGCAUAUUUUGAGAAAGUUAACAGUCGCCACAUGGAAAAACAUUCGAUUAUCCUGGAGUUGUAGUAUAACACAGCGUUCAUUUUUGAAUUCAAACAACUGAAUUUUUAAGUCCCCGUGUUCAAUUUCACAGAACUUGCGAUAAAAAGCAGGGUUUUCUUCAUCGUAAAAAUAAUUAUUGAUCGUUUCCAUGGAGCUACUUAAUUUUUGCCACUCAUUUAGACUUAACUGUAUUCACAUUUUGGUCAUUUAUUGAUAAUUUGUACGGCAGGUUUAACGUCAUUGUCGUAAUAUUUUAAACCGCAACGUAACUGCUUUGUAUUCGAUUUAUUUAACGAAAUUACUUGAGCUUGAUAUACAAAGUCUUGGGAUGCCAUGGCUCUGAAGUGAUUGUUGUUUAGUCACAACUUAUACUGAUUUUCAUUUGUUAUUUGAACUUACACAUGCAGUAGGAAAAAAGAGUGAAAGGGGGAGAAGGCCCAGAGGUCUGACUUUCUGGAGGGGUGUUAACUAAUGGAGGGGGAAAUAAACAAUUUUGAAUUUGAGAACUUUAUUUUAUAGUUUUAUUUCAUUUGAGUGCAAUAGGGUUUUACUGAAAAAUGUAUAUUUUAGACCUAACGCUCAGGCAGCGGCAUAUAAAUUUAAAAAAGUUUUUUCAAAAACGAAAACGACUCAAAAUUAGAAAAAAAAAAUUUUCAAAAUGUUUUAUAAAAGUAUUAUCGAAGAAAUACUCGAUUUUAAAAAUGUUAAUGCAAAUACUGAAAAUGAGUUGGUUAUUUAAAGAUAUCUCAUGUGAAUUCUAUGGAAAUUUUCAGCCUUCGUAAGCGAAGAUUCAGACUUUUUUGAAUUGUGUAUUGCGAUACCUAGGUUAUUUAUACCUGAACGCAUGACACAAGAAUAUUAUGAGCACAGUUCCUGGGAAAUUAAGUAUCACCCGCCUCCACUUAGAAGCAUAGCAAGCACUAGCAUCCUUAAGAAUACGGAAACAUUAUCUUAAAGUAUCGACUUAGAAUAUGUUCUUCACUUAUUAAAGUUCGAUCCGAUCACAAAAAAGUUAGCUUUAAACCCCCCAUUGAAUCUUGACUAUGAAAUCGAAGAAAAAUCAAUUGAAGAGAUGCAGUUAUGUGAAUUACAGUGUUGGAGUAGUGGUCGGCACUAUAUUCCUUUUUAUCCAACGACUUUAUAUUGUUGUGGAAGAGAGAUAGAUUCGGUCAAAUGAAUAAUGUAUAUCAUUAGAUGUUAAAAAACUGGAAAUUGUAAAGUCAUUGGCGGUGAGAGAACAGGGAUAGAUUUUCGAUAAAGAGAAGGAGGAUCCAGAACCUAGCAGUCAGUGGUUGUAUUUGGAAGUGGUUACUACAGUGGAAAAUUAUCAAAUAUUAACGAUAUCAAGUGACUUAGGAGCAAUGCAUCCUCUAUGAAACGAUGGUUUUGAAGAAGUACUCGUAAGUAUUGGUGAGGAUUUUGAGAAGCAGCACCAGGUUGCAAUGGAGAUAAAUGGAGCUAAUAUAACUCCAGAUUUAAGUGAAGACUCGGGGAAAGAUAUGUAUUCUGCAUCUCAGGAAAAAUAUAUGAAAAUGCAUGGUUUUCGUGGAAAUUUGUCUCAAUUCGAUAAGCAGGGUUCGUUACCCCAUGGCGUCACAGAGUUUAGACGAUCUUCAUGUGCAGAAAAGAUUUUGGAAAAAAUUACUUCAGAGACAUUAGAAAGAAUCAAUAUUGAGUUAGAAGUUCACAUGAAUAUUAAUCGUGAGUCUGUCUAUCGAACGUGGGAGUAUGCACGCUCAGAUGAGCCCAGUAAGAGAGCCUCUAGAAACAAAGAAAAAUGAAGUCGUAUUCGAUUUCUAAAAAUCGUUUUUUUUUAGAUGGAAAAAGUGUAUACAAUCACUAAAUUUAUCAUGAUCAUUAUUAUUGAAAUAUUUUUAAAAUUUAGAUCUUAUUAUUUUUUUAUCUGAUUUCAGAAUAUCCCUCUUCAUCCACUCCGAUCGCUCAAAAUCAAGAGCUAGCUCUAGUAGGCGAAUCUGAGAAAAUUAAUGAGUCUCAUCAUAUAGAUUUGACGUUGAGCAGAAGAAAAAAAAACCACAACAAAUAAAAAUUCGAAAGGUCAAAAAAAUUGAUAAAAAAAUAAAAAUUUUAAAGAACAACAAAACAAUAAGAAAAAAAUAAAAUAAAAUAAAAAACUGCGUUAAUUUUUGAGUAAAAUUGUAUGAUAUUCUUAAAACAAUAAUA